AUGCCCCUGAAGGCAGCUGAAAGGGAUGUGUAUGAGUUUUUCUCACAAGCUGGAAAGGUGAGGGAUGUACGUCUGAUCAUGGACCGAAAUUCAAGGAGAUCGAAAGGAGUUGGGUAUAUUGAAUUUUAUGAUGACAUGUCUGUCCCAAUGGCCAUUGCCUUAUCUAGACACUUACUGCUUGGGCAGCCUGUUAUGGUUAAACCCUCACAAGCUGAAAAGAAUCUUGUUCAAUCAAAUACUGUUACUGGUGGAGCAGGUGUUACUGGACUAUAUGCUGCCUCAGAAAGGAAAUUGUAUGUUGGAAAUCUGCACUUCAACAUGACAGAAUUACAGCUUAAACAGAUUUUUGAAGUUUUUGGUCUAGUUGAGCUUGUGCAGCUACCUACCAAUCCAGAAACAGGACAUUGCAAAGUUUUUGGCUUUGUUCAAUUUACUCAACUUGAACAUGCUAAGGCAGCACAGAGUUUGAAUGGAAAAUGCAGAGAUUGCUGGUCGAACAAUCAAGGUUUCAUCUGCUACUAUCAUCCUUAG